AUGGAUCGGGUCUUUAAGGCGCUGGGAGAUCCCACACGGCGGGCGAUCCUGGAUCUGCUGCGUGAUGGUCCCAAGACCACGACGGAGAUCGUGGGGGAGUUCCCAGAGAUGACACGGUUCGGCGUGAUGAAGCAUCUGGGGCUGCUCGAGGACGCGGGGCUGGUCGUGUCGCGGAAGGACGGACGGACGCGAUGGAAUCAUCUCAACGCGGUCCCGCUCCGGAUGAUCUAUGAGCGAUGGGUGAGCAAGUACGAGGACCAGUGGGAGAAUGGCAUGUCAACCAAGAUGAUGGAACAGUCGGCGCGAUUGGCGGUCGCGAAUGUAGAGAUCACGAUCAACGCGCCUCGGUCGGAGGUGUACAGGGCGUGGUUUGAUGACACGAGCGAAUGGUUCUACCACUCGGAUGAAACCAAGAGCUCGCAGCCGACGCUGUGCGAAGAGCGGAUGGGCGGGAAGUUUUACACGUCACUUCCCGACGGCGGGUUCAAUGUGCUCGGUGAGAUCACGAUGCUUAAGCCGAACGACAAGAUCCGGAUCAAGGGGGAUUGCACGAUGCCCGCGGCGGUGAUUAUGAAUAUGACGGUCGCGUUUGAGGAUGUUGAUGGCGGGACCAAGGUCAGUGUUGAUCAUCGCAUGGCGGGCGAGAUUUACGACGGGAUGGCCGAGGAGUUUGAGGAGGGGUGGCUCGAUGGGCUCCAGAAGCUCAAGGUGCGUGUUGAGUCGUAA